AUGAAGGGUACCUCAUUACUGUCGUUCAAAUCAUGGACAAAGAUCCAUCAGCCGUUGCCUCGAACACCUCGUGAGUCUCAGCAAUUGCUGAACGCUCUCACGUCAUCCUUCCGCCGCCAACUUGACCGCACCUAUCCGUCCCCGAGCCCUUCUGAACGUCCGACAAGCGAUCGCCCGUCCUUGAAUAGCACUUCUUCCGCUCAUGCAACGGAUCAGCAUCUUCACAGUAUUCUAGAUAACCCGUUGUUUCGGAUUGUGCCUCAAAAGACUCCCAUCAUCGCUCGGAGCCAGAACUGUGCCCCUUCAACUCGAUGUCCUGACACCCUCGCUCAGGAUCCCAUGGUCCUGUUUGACCAAGCUUUUGCCGCCGGAACCGCAACGCCGGUCUUCAUCACAGAUUGUCUGAAAUCGCAGCUACUUCUGGCAAGAUCGUCUGGGGAGGAAGGUUUGCCAGCCGCCAUGAAACUCACUCGAGCCGGCUCUAAAGUGGCGAACUGGUUCUGGGCUUCUGACGGCGCAUCGAGGCGAUCGUUAUUACAGAACAGAGCCUCCACUGGCUCCUUAGCCAAAUUUAUGGUCGCAGAAGGGUUGCAAGAAACGGUGCUCGAGUGGUUAAAGAUGCUUUUGACGGGGGACCUUGGUGGGCUCAAUGGCAGCUUGACACCGGACCAGGCUCGACUCAUGUUCAACCACCUGCUUCAAGAUCUUCUUGACGCCGAGAUUCGGUAUGGAGCCGGGGUGGGCUCUGCCAUCACCUACUAUUUGCGUGCACGUAGCCUGCAAGUUUUGUCAGCUGAUGUCCACGGGGACCUCAAAGCCGCCAAGACAUUGUUGCUUGCACCCGGUGCCCAGUUAGCUCGUGCUCUCGGAGAGCUGAAACCAUCCCCCGCUCAACUAUCGGUCCAUAUAUUCGACGAAUUUGCUGGUAUCAUCUCGACUUUAUCAUCUUCACGAUCAUUGCUAUAUUCAUCCGUGGCCCUCUGUCAUCCAAGUCAUCCAGAUCCCACUCCGUUCAUUCAUUAUGUGGACAGCCUGUCGCCCAAGAAGUUCCAGAAAUGGAGUGAUACCCGUCAGGAUGCUUUUCUGAGGGUCAGUUGCGAUGCUCUCCGCGCGCUGAUCGAUCGGAAAAAGAUUCGGCUGGCGACUAAUUUGGGACAUCAAAUUCAAGAGUUGCUCCCCGAAGAGACUGCCUCAGCAAGCGUUGAGGUCUCCCGCUCCCGCGUGACCGAGGAGGAGGACUAUCUACUACGACGAUUAAACAUGAGCUGGACAUGA